UCCAGUUCACUCCAGAGCUGCGUUGGACUAUGAAGCUACAGGCGUUGUUCGCAGCACUCCUGCUGGUGGCGUCGGCCACCGCAGACAAGAGGCCGGCAACCCGCGUGGUGUCCGUCAAAACUCCCGAACGAAAUACGAACAUCAUUUCCCACUUCCUUCCCGCCGACCACGUCUAUGAAGCCACAGGUCGAGUCGAGUUCAACGCACCCCAAGCCCCCGAAGCCCCGAAAGCGGCCGCUCCUGCGCCUGCCAGACAGUCUCUAAAUCUCGAAAGGACUGUUUCCGUGAGCACUCCUAAACGCAAUCUUGGAGUAAUCUCCUUCUUUACGCCGGCUGAUCAUGUGUACGACGCCACUGGUACUGUCGUGAUCAACAGAGGAAACACCGAGUCUUCGAGCUCUAUCACAAACACACGCAGUGUUUCUUCGGGAGGCUACAACUACGAAGCUCCCAGCACGCAAUUCGUUACUGCAAGAGCACCCGAGAGGACUUACUCAGUCCCCUCUUCCUCAUCAUCUGGACUUACUCUGAAGCGCACGGUUAGCGUUCAGAACCGCGCGAGACCAAGUGGUACUAUCAAUCACUUCUCUCCGGCUCAGCACAACUAUGAAGCCACUGGAACGGUUGUAAUCAAUCGUGGUGCUCAGCAAACUGGUAGCGGGGCUGCCCUGAGCUCAGGUUCUUCAACUUCAGGUUCCAACUCAGCCACUUUUUCUGGAGGCUCUUCCUCUAGAAAUACUGUGACACGCACGCAGACAUCUUACUCGUCUACGCAAGCCGCUGCUGCCCAGGCUGCCGCUGCAGCCCAGGCUGAAGCUGCUGCUCGUGCUGCCGCUGCUGCAGCUCAAGCUGCUGCAGCCGCCCAAGCUGCCGCUGCUGCUUCUUCGAGACGCACAACUACCUACCAAACUUCGCAGUCGGGACAAGGCGAUGGACUCAGUCUAAAUCGUAGAAUCAAGGUCGUUAACCGAGCACGACCAUCAGGCACCAUCAGUCACUUCACUCCUGCUCAGCACAAUUAUGAAGCUGAAGGACUAGUUGUCAUCAACAGAGGACGACAAUAUGCAGCUGGAUCAGCAGCUGCAGCCGGCUCUGGAUCAGGUGCAUCCAGGACCGUGACUACAUCCUCCAGGACAUACAGCUUAUCCGAUGACUCGAGUGAAUCCGACUCUGAAGCUGAAGCUAACGCUGCGGCCGAGGCACGCAGAGCAGCCGAAGCUAGAGCUGCAGCUGAAGCCCGCAGAGCUGCUGAAGCCCGAGCAGCUGCGGCAGCCAGAGCUGAACAAGAACGCGCUGCUGAAGAAGCAAGAAGAGCAGCCGUAGCCCAAGCCUCCAGUUCCAGAACGUACGCUCAGUCGAGCAGCUCUGGCUCAUCGGGCUCUGGAUCAGGACUUUCCCUCAACCGUCGGGUGACAGUUUCAAACAAGGCUCGACCCUCAGGCACCAUCAACCACUUCACGCCAGCACAGCAUAACUACGAAGCGGAAGGUCUGGUCAUCAUCAACAGACAGACCUCAGGGUCUUCUUCAGCUGUACGCGGCCAGUCCGGAGCUUCCAGCACAGCCUCAAGGACCACGAGUUACGCAUCUUCAUUCGAUGCUGAAGCCAGAGCCGCUGCUGAAGCUAGAGCUGCAGCUGAAGCCAGGGCUGCAGCUGAAGCUAGAGCUGCAGCUGAAGCCAGGGCUGCAGCUGAAGCCAGAGCUGCAGCUGAAGCUAGAGCCUCCGCUGAAGCUCGACGAGCUGCCGAGGCUAGAGCUGCCGCUGAAGCUAGAGCUGCUGCCGAAUCCAGGUCAUCUUAUGAAGCUAGAGCUGCCGCCGAAGCCCGAGCAGCUGCUGAAGCUAGGGCUGCUGCCGAGGCCAGAGCUGCUGCCGAAGCCAGGCGAACAGCUGAAGCUAGAGCUGCUGCUGAAGCUAGAGCUGCUGCUGAAGCCAGAGCUGCUGCUGAAGCUAGAGCUGCUGCUGAAGCUCGUAGAACUGCUGAAGCCCAAGCAGCUGCAUCAAGACAAUCAUCAGCGCAAUCUUCACGAACUUACAGCUCUUCUAGCUCAUCCAAUUCCGCUCAAUUAUCUGGAUCAUCAUCGGCAUCCAGAUCAAGCUCCACAUCAUCUGCUUCACAAGCAUCAUCUUCCAGCAGCGCCUCAGAUUCUGAUUUGGAGCAGCAGCUGAUCUUCUUCGCACAGUCGGCGCAGCAAGCCGCUGCUCUGGCCAGAGAAUCAGAAGCUUCGCAGAGAAGCAGUGGAGUUAUCACGGAGUACGGAUCCAGGAGCCGCAGCCACGCGUCGUCGGCUGAUCUUCUUGCAGAGCUUGCCAAGUUCAGGGCAAACGCCAAGGAGCAAGUCACUGUGCGCCAGGAAUCAGGCGAAGAUGAUGGAUCUCCUGUGGACCCAUAUCAGUUUGGGCUCAACGUGGCCGACGCCGAUAGCGGCAACUACCAAGGCCGGUACGAGUGGGUGGACGAAGACGGAGUCACGCACGGAUGGUACACGGUAGCGCUGAGUGAUGGUUUCCUGUACAACUACACAUACUCUUCGAGCCCCGGAAUGGGAUACAUGGUGAGCGUGGACCGUGUUGAAUCAGGACUCGAUAUCAAAGAAGUAGAAGCCGAUAUUUACGCACCUGCCAUCAAGUUCAGCAACAACGGCAUCCGAUAUUACCAGGACUAUGCAGUUUCUGGAGCCAAGAACCGAUAUGUCGACAAUUAUGACCAAGAUGGCAAAGCUGCUCUCAAAUGGGCCAAUUCUUAUGCCAGAGCUCUGAACAUUGCACGAACCAGAGGCUCGUCCUCUUCAAGCAAAUCUUCCAACGUCUACCAGACCUCCGCCUCUCGAGGGGCGGCCGCAGCUGGAAGUGCAGCAGCCUCUAGACUUAGCGUAUCUCAGACGUCGUCUUCUGCUCUUGCUUCGUCUGGCGCUGCCUCUCAAUUGUCAGGCUCUUCAAGCUCCUCCUCUUCUUCUCAAGAUUCCAGAAGAUACAGUUCUGCAUCUUCUAGUUCAUCGUCUUCAGGUUCACGAGUGUCUGACUCUUCUUCCUCCUCUUCAUCGGGAUCAGGCGCGUCAGUCACAUCGUCUUUAGGCUCCCAAACGACAAGCGCAUCAGGUUCUGGGUCACGAGCAUCGUCUGCAUCAGGAUCACAGUCAGCAGGCGGGUCUUACUCUGCCUCCCGAGUGUCCGGAUCUUCAGUGUCGACGGGCACCUCAAGCAGCCAGUCAUCUUCCGCACCAGUUGCCUCAUCUUCCGAUGGGUUCACAAUUACGAGGAAAGUAACCGUAUCCAAUCCAGCUCGUCCAUCGGGCACGAUCAAUCACUUUUCCCCCGCGCAGCACAACUACGAAGCAUCGGGUGAUGUUACCAUUGUGAGAGGCAGUGGAUCGGGCAGUAGGUCGUCUGGCUCUUACAGCCAGACCUCAUCCUCUCAAUCAUCUUCUUCUUCAUCAUACGAUGCAGAAAGAGCUGCUGCUGAAGCAGCUGCUGCUGCUGCUGCACGUGCUGCUGCCGCUCGCGCUGCUGCAGCCGCUGCAGCAAGAGCUGAAGCGGCUGCUCGUGCCGAAGCAGAAGCUCAGGCUUCUCGUUCUUAUUCUUCAAGCUCUCAAAGUCGUCAGACCUUUGCAUCAGCACAGUCUGCACCUCAGGUAUCACAGGUUUCGUCAGGAAGUGGGUUUGAAUUGACCCGCAAGGUAUCGGUAAAGGCUCCAGUAGUUUCAUCAGGAACUAUUAGCCACUUUACACCUGCCCAGCACGUUUAUGAAGCAACAGGUGAGGUGAAGAUUUCACGCGGAUCUCAAGGCAAUCUUGGAGGCGGAAGCAGCUCAUCUAGGAAUACAGGCACUUCUGGCUACUCUCGUCAGUCUUCGAGCAGCUCUGGACCCCUUGAAGUUGUUGUUACCAAGUCUGAAGGGCCCGUGAGAACAUCCGGUUCCACAACCACCUACAGUUCCUCUAGCAGCUCCACUACCGUGAACGGCCAAACUGUUCGCACUCAAUCUCCUGUGGUAGUUGAACGGACCGGCUACUCAUUCAAUGCCCCACAAGUAACUUUCACAGAAGGACCAGACUCCGUGGAAGCCCCUAGCACUCUUUACUCAGCCGCUAACAUUGGAAGAAGUUCACCAGCCGCUGGAAAUAAGGCCCGAAUUACUGACUUGCGACAAGUUAGUGUUAAAUAUCCAACCAGGGAGACUAAUGUUAUCCCAUUUUUCGUACCCGCCGACCACAAAUAUGAAGCUACCAGCGUUGUGAAGAUAGAUCGUGAAGUUUAAUUUAGAAUGUGAUAAUUUUGAGUAGACAACCGAGAAGACUUAUGAUUAAGAUAUCAAAGAAAAUAAAUUAUAUAGAUUCACUAGAAGAUACCGUUAAAUAGAAAUAAGAAUAUUAAUUUAUUGUGUGUACCAGAGAAUUAAAUUUAUGAACCUGUUAAGGCCUCCAUUAGUCACAGCCAGCAGCACAUAAUGUAUUUAUUUAUUUAUUUCACACGCGAGGUGCUUCUUUUCCAUAGCUUUAUGCAAAAUAGCAUGGCCUUCUACCCCGUAUACCGACCUAGUUGAUGUGAAAAUGAGUCCGUGUAGGGAUGUCAAAAACGGCUUAAUAACCAGCAAAUAAUUUAAUUGCAUCGACCGACCUUUGCAAACGAAAAUAAACGACAUAACAUGACA